UUGAAGGCGUUCGUUUCGUUCAUAUUUCAUUUAGAAAGUGGUUGUAAUUAUUUCCUCCGUAUUAAGUCUCUUUACCUCUUGAUUAUCGCGCCAACUUCUUCAUUUACAAACCCCACAUACAUGCACAGCUAACCAUCAGCUUAGCUCGUGGCUUCCUCCUGAUGAAAAUUUUUACGAGUAUUUAAGGGACCAAAAAGAGCGACAUUUCUCUCCGACCAGAAGGCAUCGUGCACAACAGAUCCAGGCCUUAACUCGCUGCUGUAGAAGCGUAGCUAUGUCACUGGAAGUACGCGUGAAAGUAGAACCUUUGGAGGAUGCGGAGGUGUCGCCAGCUGAUGUUUGGAAGGACAAUGACACACUCUGUGAUACAAGCAGUCCACAAGCAGAAGAGUCCGAUGACACAAUAUGUGUGAAGGAGCGAGUAGACUUGAGCGAGGCUCUGUCCAGCCUGUACGCCAACCACACGGUCAAGGACGAGCUUGUGCUGGGACCGGAACAAGUACAGUCCAAUGACGACAGGCAAAAACUAGUACAUUUAAAUCAAGCACUUACCAAGAAGGCGGACUUAUUGCCUGCACUGAGGGAUUGCUUCGUGUGUCUCGAACGCAUCCCUCAAAAGACGUUGAUAAGCAACACAUCCACCACCGCGGCCCAAACAUGGGCAGCGAGCCACGCCGGAGCGACUGGCGGUCGACACACGGGGGACAGCGGGGCGACCGGCAAGCGACGUACGAUCGACACCGACAUGACUAUUAUUUACAUGUGUGACUCCUGCGGUAAGACGUUUCAACGUAAAAAUAACUUAAUCCAACAUAUUCAGUUACACCUGAAUAAAGAAAACAGUGAUAGUAAAUACAUGACGUUUAAGCACCAUAUGUGUGAAGUUUGUGGAAAACUGUUUACUCAAAUAGGCCACCUGUUUCGACAUAUUCGAACCCACAAAGGAGAGAAAUACGCGUGCAACAUAUGUAAGAAAGAGUACACACGAUACAACAAUUUAAGAGAGCACAAUUGUGAUCGCAAUAGACAAAAACCUUAUUCUUGCGAAAUAUGCAACAAGCAUUUCACUAGAAAAAUGGUUUUAAAAAAACACAAACUUAUUCACACUGGUGAAAAACCAUAUACUUGUGAAAUAUGCAAUAAAAAAUUUACGUCAUCGACUAAUAUUAAAAGACAUACCCUAACACACACUGGUGUAAUGCCAUACUGUUGCGACAUAUGUAAUAAGAAAUUUACACGAUUAAGUAAUUUGAAUGAGCAUAUUCUUGUUCACUCGGGGAAGAAAUAUCGCUGUACGAUAUGUAAACGUCAGUUAUCGCGAUUAAGAACUUUAAAUUCGCAUGUAAAGAAAUAUCAUAAUUAGCUGAAGAUAUUAUUUUGCCGCCGGAAUGUUUUCCAAAGUACACUACAGCUUGGCAAAAAAGAGUAGAAAUUAAAAAGUGGCAACACUGUAGUGUUGUCCCGUUUUCUUAUAUAAAUUGGCUUGAAAGGGACGACACUCCAGUGUUGCCACUUUUUAAUUUCUACUCUUUUUUGCCAAUUGACUUGUAUUGGGAAUCGUCGAAGGAAAAAAACUAUUUUUUUGCUACAAGAUUAAA